AUGCAUGUCCAUCGACUAUUGAACUGGCGCAUGGCAAACAGGCAAAGGCAAGAGCGAGACAGCCCACCUUCCCGCAUUUCCCCGCGACCGCACCAGCUUCAGGAAAGCCAGACUUCCCGAACUUGCUUCCUUUCCUCCUACCUCGCCUCGCCGCCCGAGUAUCACAGCAUAGCAUUCGACCCAAGAAACCAUCGCCCGACGUCGAAUUGGCACGCUUGCAUCGCCUCCCUGUCUUCGCAGGCAGUGCCAGGCCCCAACACAAGUCUGACGCCCGUCAGCCUGCAGGGUGCGCACCGCCCUCUCCAACUGCCCAAUACCUGGGAACCUGCGUCGUCACGCGACGUUUCGCACCUCAUCUUAUUCCCUGCUCAUCUCGCUUCGUGGUCCGCUGAUCGGGUCUUCCCCCCCUCGUCGGGCUCCCCUGGCGCCCCGCCAAAUGAUUCGGCGAGCUCAUCAGGCACGACGUCGACGCCUGCCGAAGGCCAUGGCCAUCAUCACCAUCACCUGCUGCCUCAUCGCAAGGAAGCCCGGAACCACACCACGUCGCACGCAGCACAUAGCUCUGCCGCGCCCCCAGAGCCGUCUCUUGCCCAAGCCACAGGCUCGACCACGGUCAACCGACCAAAGAGCUUGCCCAGCACCGCUGUUUCUUCCCUGAGCGGCUCCCCUCACAGUAAUAUAUCAACUCCUUCCAAGCCGACAGAAGCUCGGCCCGUUCGAGACGAACCAACGAAACCUGUCGAUGUUCCCACCGAAUCAAGCUCACUACGUUCUCACAAAGAAUCUCACAUUUCCGCCGCGCAAAGGGGCGGCAUUGAUCCAUACCUCGUGUCCAACAACAGCCUCACGGACAUGUAUCUACGGGGUCCGCCUCGGUUGCCGCUACCGAUCGAGGAAGAGGUUCACACGCCCGGUUCGCCGAUUCUAGCCCCGGACGAGGGACUUCCAGAUGUUGAGCUUGGUGAAUCGUCUGAUGGUUUGACGCGGAAGAGCUCCGCCGUCAGUGCGACCACGGUCGACGACGAAGAGUUUGAGGAGCUGAGGGUUGACAAAACUAGACCAGUUGUUCCCACAAAGAUUGAAUGGAAGCGCGGCGGCGACAAGAUCUAUGUGACGGGCACCAUUUUCCAAUGGAACCGGAAGCAGCGUCUGCAUCCUGUUGAAGGAAAGCCCGACCAUUUUGCCACCACGGUGUACAUUCUUCCGGGCACGCAUCAUUUGCGUUUUCUGGCGGAUGGGAUUAUGCAGACAUCGCCAGACUUGCCAACAACCGUCGAUUUCGGAAACAACCUGGUCAACUACAUCGAGGUCAACCCUGACGAUGCGCUUGUGGAGCCGCAGCAAGGCUCUACCGUAUCCAAGACUGAGGUCGAGGUGGAUGAUUCUGCACCCCAAGUCGGGUCAGAACCCAAAGAACCUGCCAAGCCAAAAGGCAAGCCUGUUUCGGCGCCAGAAACAUAUGUCAGCCAGAUUCCUCAAUAUCUGAUAGACUUUGAUCAGCCCGAAGAAUCUUCUGCCUAUAGAAACGCUAUCGGUGCUAUUGAGAAAUUGCCCACGCCUCCUAGCUUGCCGGGGUUCCUGGGCAAGCCCAUUCUCAACGCGGCCACACUGAUGAAGGACGACAACUCGGUGUUGAACAUGCCGAACCACACGGUCCUCAACCACCUGGCGACGAGCAGCAUCAAGAACAAUGUUCUUGCUGUAUCAGCAACUACGCGGUAUCACAACAAGUAUGUCACGACGAUAAUGUACAAGCCCACCUCAACGGAUGAAGGUUAA